AUGUUACAGCCUAUAGACAUACCAGAUAACCUUAAUGCAAAGACUACUGAAGUAGACAGGAAACCCAGUAAGCAAUGUGGGAUGGUGUGCUCUACAGUUCAACUACUUAGAAAGAGAGGUACUGAUGGCUCCUUACUGAGCUUGAUGGCAGCGGAGUGCCGUAUCUACCUUGCACCCAAUCCUGCUGAGGGGCCUGGACCUCACAGAAUGUGCUUAAUUAUGACCCCACAAGACAAUGCAUGCGAAAAUACUACAUUAAAAACAGAAUUCCAUCUCCAGGCAUUUACGAGCUAUGCAGACAUCUGGCUUUUGAUUUUCAUUAUAAUUAUUUUAAUGUACUUGGUAGCUGCAUUCGGGAACAUAAUCAUUAUUUUACUUGUAUGUCUGGUACAACAACUGCAUACGCCAAUGUAUUUCUUCUUGUGUAAUUUGGCUGCUCAGGAUAUACUGCAAGUCUCUUCCAUUCUACCAAGAUUGCUGGUUAUCACAAUGACAGGGGAUACCAGCAUCUCAUUCUUGGGUUGUAUUACACAAAUGUUUAUGUUUGCCAUGUGUGCUUGUACAGAUUUUUUACUGCUGACUUCUAUGGCUUAUGAUCGCUAUGUUGCUAUCUGUGUUCCUCUACAUUAUUCUCUCAUCAUGAACAAAAGAGCAUGUGCUGUGUUGGCAACUACUUCCUGGUGUAUUGGUAUUUUAAAUUCUUUGAUGCAGUCUUUGUUGGUGACAACUUUAACAUUCAAGAGCUCUCAACAAAUUAACCAUUAUUUCUGUGAAUUAAAAACACUGAUUGAACGUUCUUCCUCUGACACUACAGGCAUCAGUACCUUCAUUUCUGUUGACUGUGUAUUUUUGGGUUUCCUUCCCUUUUUGUUAAUAACCGCCUCCUAUGUAUGCAUCAUAUCAACCAUUUUAAAGAUCCAAACCUCAACAGGAAGAGUAAAAGCCUUCUCCAGAUGUUCAUCUCAUCUCACCAUUGUUAUAAUAUUCUGUGGAACAGCUGUCAGCUUGUACAUAAAACCUGGGUCUCAACAUUCAGAAGAAGAAGACAAACUGUUAUCUCUUCUGUAUGUAGCUGUAGUCCCAAUGUUAAAUCCACUGGUAUAUAGUUUGAGAAACAAAGACGUUUUAAAAGCAUUAAACAAAAUAAGUAAUAACAUGUUUUAA